AUGGCUGAUUACUCGAUCAGCCGUGAAGUAUCAAACUUAUCAACUUUGUGCAUGCCGUUUAAUCUUAUCAAAAUUGAUCAAAAUUUGGACUCAAACGAACCAACCGAUCUUGAAAGCCAAACAUUAUAUCAAUCAUUUUAUCCACCUGAAAAUUCACAAUUAUUGCCUAGUACAUAUGAAUAUAAUUCUCAGUCACUGCCUGGUACAUAUGAAAAUUCCCAACCACUACCUAAUACAUAUAAUUCCCAACCACUGCCUGGUACAUAUGAAAAUUCUCAGCCACUGCCUGGUAUAUAUGAACAUUCCCAACCGCUGCAUGAAAAUUCCCAAACAUAUGUAAAUUCCCAAUCACCACCUGGUGCAUAUGAAAAUUCUCAAUCACUGCCUGGUACAUAUAAUUCCCAGCCACUUAGUACAUAUGAAAAUUCCCAUACAUAUGAGAAUUCCCAACCACUACCUGGUAUAUAUGAAAAUUCCCAAUCCCAAUCUGAGAUUAGUUCUUUUGAUUCAUCCAAAAAUGUUCAACCGCAUCAUGAGCUGUACGAAAAUAAUCGAUCUCCGAUUGAAGCUCAUGAAGAUGAGCAAUCGCUACUUGAAACCUAUGAAAAUGCUAAAUCACUAAAUGAGACUUAUGGAAAUCAAUCACUACUUGCGACCUAUGAACAUUCACUACUUGAGACAUAUGAAAAUGCUCACCUUCAGCCUGAGAUUUUUGAGAAUGCUCAACCGCAACCAGAAACUUAUGAGACUUACGAAAAUCCAACUUACGAGAAUGCUCAACCGCAACCUGUGACCUAUAAUGUUGUUCAAAAUGUUCAAAAUGCUCUACCUCAACUUGAAACAAAUUCUUUUGAUGCUAUCCAGAACGAGGAUUUUAAAUAUGAAACAGAUUUUAUAUCAUUACCGGAACAACUUGUUGCUAUUCAAAAUGGUAAUGUCAAAUCCGAAGCGGAUCAGGAUUAUGUUGAUGCUACAAUUGAUAAGAAAUUUGAGAUAGAAUCCGAAUGCGAUGUUAUUGAUUUGACACAUGAUGAUCCAGAAGUUAGUUCAAUGUCUAAUUUAAUAAAAGAGGAAGAAUCAAAAGAAGUUGAUGUUAUUGAUCUGACAAUUGAUGAUAUAGAUUCAAAAGAAAACCUAUCAUCUAAUUUACAUAAGGUUGAAAUAGAUGUAAAAUCCGAAGAAAAAGUUAAAAUCGAAAAUGAAAUAGUAGCUCAAUCUUCACACAGUGGCUUCGUUGCAGCUUCAUCUUUACCUAGCAGCUUAUCUUUACAACGUGGCUUCGUUGCAGCUUCAUCAUCUAUGUCAACCACUCAACCGAUACCACAAAUGUGGCAGCGUGGUGGAACGACACAUUCUCGAGAUUUUCAAGAAUUACUGCGACUGAUCCCAUUAAAUGAAACGAAAGAUGCUCCUAUCGAAGAAGCAAUGCAUAAAAUAAAUGCUCCUGAUGGACAAAUUGAUGGUAUGACGAUAAAAUUAAUGGACCAUCAAGUACUUGGAGUUUCUUGGAUGGUAGAAAACGAACAAAAGGAUAAUAAAGUGAAAGGUGGCAUAUUGGCUGAUGAUAUGGGUCUUGGAAAGACUGUUCAAACCAUUGCCACAAUGGUUUUAAACCAGCCACAACAAAUUAAAUCUAAUAAAGUGAAAUCAACAUUAAUUGUAGCACCAACCGCUCUUAUCCAUCAAUGGAAGAAUGAGAUUUUAAGUAAAACCGAUCGAGAAAUGUUCUCAAUACAUGUAUAUCACGGAUCAGGUAAAGCUCGGUUGAGUCAACUUAAAAAAUAUGAUGUUGUCAUUACGACAUAUCAUACAUUAAUUCGGGAUUGGCCAGCGGAUCCCGAUGUGCCGAGGGGCACUUUAUUCCGAAUAAAUUGGUUCCGAGUGGUACUAGAUGAGGCCCAGAAUAUUAAAAAUAUGAAAUCACGUGCUAGUAAAGCUUGUGCCGAAUUAAAUACAGUUCAUCGUUGGUGUCUAACAGGAACACCAAUUCAGAAUCAUAUCAAUGAUCUCUAUUCAUAUUUCCGGUUUCUUAAUGUCACCUGGUAUUCUGAAUGGACGAAUUUCCAUCGAGAAAUUAGUCCUGCGAAUUCUAGUUCCAUGAGAAAAGUACAGGCCAUUCUUCGGGGUAUUUGUUUGCGUAGAACGAAAGAUUCUACACUAAACGGAAAACCUAUCUUGCAACUUCCGGAAAAAAUUGUUGAUAUGGUAACCAACGAAUUUUCUGAGGACGAAAGACAAUUUUAUGAUGCGCUUGAAACAAAAUCACGAAUAGAGUUUAAUCGUUAUUUGAAAGACGGGAGUGUGCUAAAGAAUUAUGCGUAUAUUCUUGUUAUGUUACUUCGUUUGCGUCAAGCGUGCAAUCAUCCUUUCUUAACGCAAGAGGAUAUCGGUGAUGUUAUUUCGAAAACUGGAACAUCAAAACCAAAUCUUGAAAAUGAUCUUGCACACGCAAAGCGUGUUUUGCCCACGAAAACCUACGAUCAAUUGAUUGAAAAUCCUUCUAAUAAUGAGUGUCCCAUUUGUUUUGACGUUAUUGACAAUGGUGUCGUGACUUUAUGUGGCCACAUUUUCUGUCAAGAAUGUAUUGAUAGUGUAUUUCAAGGAGAGAAUCACGAAGGUAGUGACUUUGAAGACCGUCGAUGCCCUAUUUGUCGUCAUGUAAUUAAAUCAAAUACUGAAGGCAAUGAAAUUCAAAAUUGCGAUGGCAAUGACAAUGUAUUUGCGAAUCCACAAACAGGAUCUUUCAUAUCCUCUACUAAAAUCGAUCAACUAUUGAAAGAACUGGCUGCAGGACAGCGAGAAGAUCCGGGAACAAAGACUAUUGUGUUCUCUCAAUGGACUUCGAUGUUAAAUUUGAUAGAGGAUCUUCUUAUUGAGGCUGGAUAUAAAUUCAGCAGAUAUGAUGGCACAAUGGACACUGGAGCACGCGACGAAGCAAUUCAACAACUAUCUCAUGAUCCAGAUACCCUUAUUAUGCUUGUAUCUUUGAAAGCUGGCGGUGUUGGACUCAAUCUUACCAAAGCAAAUCGAGUCAUUAUGCUUGAUUGUUGGUGGAAUCCUUAUCGUAUUUUAAUUUUGCAAGAUAAAAAGCGUCAAUUGGCUGCUGGUGCACUUGGAGAAGGUAAUGCACGAGUUGGUCGACUUACAGUUAACGAUUUAAUGUUCCUUUUCAAUCAACGUUAA